CCCCCCCCAACCCCCCCCCCCCCCAGUCCUAGUUCUGCAACCUCCAACGUGCCUCUGGAACACGCGCCUCACAAUCUCCUCAGUACCACCAGCAGGGUAUCAGCAGCCAGCAAUCAACUCCGCCCUCACCAGGAUGCUCCUCACCGUCUCUGCGCUACCGCUCCCAGCCGCGACAGCGACUCCGCGCGUACGCGUACUCCCUGGGCUCAGGCCCUCCUCCCGCCUCGUCGCCCGCCGAAGCGCAGGGGAAACUGUACACGCAACGGCCACAGAAGAGGAGGAGCAGGAGGGGAAGGAGCUCCAGGAGGAGGGGCUCCCGAGGCGGGGGCAGCACGCGGAGGAUGACCACGACCACGAGCACGACCCCGAGAUCGCGGACAUUAUGGGGGGAUACUUCGACGACCCCAAGAAAGCCCAGUCCCGUAUGGAGGAGAGGAUAAAGAAGAAGCGACACAAGAUCGUGCAGGCCAAGACCGGCUCGUCCAAUGCCAUGAAGGUCGUCUUCAACAAGUUUGAUUUCUCCAAUUCAUAUAUAUGGUUUGAGUUCUACAAUGCUCUGUUGCCAAAAGAUGUGAAAUUAAUUUGUGAUACUCUGCGAUCAUGGCAUAUACUUGGACGCCUUGGUGGGUGCAAUUCCGUGAAUAUGCAGCUAUCACAGUUGAGUUUAGAUUGUAAAAGACCAACUUAUGAUGCUCUUGAAGCAGCAAACGCCACACCAACAUCCUUUUACAACAUUGGUGAUCUAGAGAUUCAAGAGAACCUAGCACGUGUCUGGGUGGACAUUGGUAUUCAAGAUCCAUUGCUUUUGGACAUCCUGCUUAAUUCAUUAACCACCAUAAAUUCGGAUCAUCUGGGCAUUAAGGAAGUACAGUUCGGAGGGUCAGAGUUUCAGAGCUGGAACGACAGCUUGAAUACUGAAGAAGCUGGAUACAGUGUCCAGAAGAUCUAGAAAGCAGAGUCGUGCGAUUGUAGAAGCAGCUACCAUUUUGGUAACAGGGAGAAUCCAACAACGAUUUACUGGCUAAAAUCACGCCUCACUUGAUCUUGACGCACUAAUCUUGCAAUUGAAAAGGACGACGACCUCCCCACCAUUGCUAAGCAUGAAGGAUGAUGUCUAUAUUGUUGUGCAAACGACCUGUUUUGGUCUCCGCCUACAGGAUACCAACAACUCAAGUUGGACAAGUGUAACAUGUUGGCCUGUUCGUUGUGCUGAAACACGCAAGUUUCACUCGAGUUUCUCGGUCUGGAUGAAAUGUUACCAGUGGGAUGAUUGUUAAAUAUUGUGGCCUAUUGUUGUCUAUAUUCUCUCUUCUAGAGUAUAUUUUAGUGAUAUCUUAAAACUACUAGUUCGACUAUGGGAUGGACAAGCGGAAAUCUGUUUACGGGCCCUGGCUCAGCUGUACCCUAUAUCACAACUAUUCAACCAUACGAUGAUUUGCGUGGUCACAUGUAUUAA